AUGCUCAAGCGCUGCGGCCGCCGCCUGCUGCUGGCGCUGGCGGGCGCGCUGCUCGCUUGCCUGUUGGUGCUCACGGCCGACCCGCCGCCGCCCCCGGUGCCCGCUGAGCGCGGUCGGCGGGCGCUGCGCAGCCUGGCGGGCCCCUCGGGGGCGGCCCCAGCUCCUGGGCUGGAGGCGGCGGCGGCACCCGGGGUGCUAGUCCGCGAGGUGCACAGUCUGUCCGAGUACUUCAGCCUGCUGACCCGCUCUCGUAGAGACGCGGGCCCACCGCCCGGCAGCGUCCCCCGCCCCGCAGACGGCCAUCCGCGGCCCCCGGCCGAGCCACUCACGCCGCACGACGUCUUCAUCGCGGUCAAGACCACCAAAAAGUUUCACCGGGCGCGCCUCGACUUGCUGCUGGAGACGUGGAUCUCGCGCCACAAGGAGAUGACGUACAUUUUCACGGACGGGGAAGAUGAAGCCCUGGCCAGGCGCACGGGCAACGUGGUCAAUACUAACUGCUCGGCUGCCCACAGCCGCCAGGCGCUGUCCUGCAAGAUGGCCGUGGAGUAUGACCGCUUCAUCGAAUCGGGGAGGAAGUGGUUCUGCCACGUGGAUGAUGAUAACUACGUGAACGUGCGGGCCUUGCUGAGGCUGCUGGCCAGCUACCCGCACACGCAGGACAUCUACCUUGGCAAGCCCAGCCUGGACAGGCCCAUCCAGGCCACAGAGAGGGUCAGCGAGAGCAAGGUGCGGCCCGUCCACUUCUGGUUUGCCACCGGCGGGGCUGGCUUCUGCAUCAGCCGGGGGCUGGCCCUGAAGAUGAGCCCUUGGGCCAGCGGAGGCCACUUCAUGAGCACAGCCGAGCGGAUCCGGCUGCCGGACGACUGCACCAUCGGCUACAUCGUGGAGGCUCUGCUGGGCGUGCCCCUCAUCCGCAGCGGGCUCUUCCACUCCCACCUGGAGAACCUGCAGCAGGUCCCCACCUCCGAGCUCCAUGAGCAGGUGACCUUGAGCUACGGCAUGUUUGAAAACAAGCGGAAUGCUGUCCACAUUAAGGGGCCCUUCUCACUGGAGGCGGACCCAUCCAGGUUCCGCUCCAUCCACUGCCACCUGUACCCGGACACACCCUGGUGUCCCCACACUGCCAUCUUCUAG